CUUAUUUUUUUUUUGAGACAACAUUUGUUAUUUGUUAUAAACUAUUGAACACAUGUCUGUUUAUUGCAUAUAGACUACAUUGCGAGGAUGUAAACCAUUUACUGGCGACAGACAUAUUUUAGAUUGUUAUUUUUCUGAACUUUCUGUAAAAGAAGGUCCUGUUGGUGUCAAAAGUGAAAAGAAAUUCGUCUGCAAAUUUCUAUAAUACAUGUACACACACAGUCCACUGGCACUGACAAGAAAAGAGGCCGAGGAUUAAGUGAAUGACACAAUACCGUAUGACCAUCUCGUUAAAACCACAGAAUAUUUAAUUUUUACUAGAUAUCUGAAUUUAUACAACUUUAAAAAUGGCAGACUUUUUGGCUGAAAACAACCAAUGUGGUCAAAACAUUCUUCGCUUAGUAUCUCGAGGAAAUGCCAUAAUUGCAGAGUUACUAAGACUGGCAGAUUUUAUACCAACAGUUUUUCGACUGGAUAAUAAAUAUGAUCAGAUGCGAUAUGGAGAAAUCAUUGCCGAUUUUAGCUACUUUAAAAGUGCCGAGUAUUUUGACCAUAAUAUAGAAUCAAGAGUUGAGUUGCAGGAUUUAGAUGAAGAGUUUAGUGAAAAUAAUAUAGAAAUACUUACCAGAUUUUACCAAGCAUUCUCAAGUGUUCAUAAAUAUGUUUCUGACUUAAAUAGAUAUUUAGAAGAUUUGGAAGAAGGCGUUUAUAUACAACAAACAAUGGAAUCAGUUUUAUUAAAUGAGGACGGUAAACAAUUGAUGUGUGAAGCUUUAUUUCUGUAUGGUGUCAUGUUAUUAUUAAUUGAUAUUAAGAUAGAAGGUAUUGUGAGAGAGAGAAUACUGGUUUCCUAUUAUAGAUACAGCGCUCAGAAAACAGCAGCAACAGAUUCUAGCAUAGAUGAUGUAUGUAAGUUAUUGCGUAGUACAGGUUUCUCUAAUCUACCUGGUGCAAGACGACCACCUAAUUAUCCUGAAUCUUUCUUCAGCCGGGUUCCAAUUAAUGGUGAUUAUAUAAACAUGGUGAUUGGACGAUUAAGAUCAGAUGAUAUAUAUAAUCAGAUAUCAGCCUAUCCACUACCAGAACAUCGUUCUACAGCUUUAGCUACUCAAGCUAGUAUGUUAUAUGUUAUACUAUACUUUGAACCAGAUAUACUGUACAAUCAACAAGCUAAGAUGAGAGAAAUAGUUGAUAAACAUUUCCCUGAUAACUGGGUGAUAAGUGUAUAUAUGGGUAUAGUUGUUAAUCUAAUGGAUGCUUGGGCACCAUAUAAAGCUUCUAUAACAGCUUUAAAUAAUACUCUUGAUACAUCUAAUGUUAGAGAACAGUCUAUUCGUUAUGCUAGAAAGUUAGAGAGAUUACAGCCAGUGUUAGAAAAAUAUUUAAAGGAAGGAGUAUUAAUGGAAGAAUUUAUAUUAGAUAAUAUACCUAAACUAAUGAAUGUUAUGAGAGAUAGUAAUGUCACUUUAAGAUGGUUGAUGUUACAUACUGCAGCUUUACCACCAAGUGCUGAAUUAAAUAAGAGAUGUAAAAUGAUUAGAGAUCAAGUAUUAGCAGACAGUAGAUAUAAUGCUCUGUCUGUAUUUCAACAUCUACUUAAUAUUGGACAGUUUGAAUUUAAACUCAAAGAGAUGUUUCGACAAAUGUUGACAGAAAAACAGACCAAAUGGGAAGCAUAUAAAAAAGAGGGACAGGAAAGAAUGCAGGAAUUAGGAGAUGUGUUUUCUGGCACUAAACCCUUGACAAGAGUGGAGAAGAGUGAAAGUCUGCAGAAUUGGUUUGGAGAUAUGACAAAACAAAUUGCCUCCCUUGAUUAUGAAGAUUCUACAUCUGCUGGUAGGAAAAUAAUACAACUAAUUCAAGCUAUGGAGGAGGUUCAAGAGUUUCACCAAUUAGAAAGUAAUUUACAAGUAAAACAAUUUUUAGCUGAUACUAGAAAAUAUUUACAUCAGAUGUUACGUACUAUAAAUAUAAAAGAGGAAGUGUUAAUACAGACAGAGAUUGUUGCUGAUCUGUCUUAUGCUUGGCAAAUAAUUGACAGUUACACAUUCUACAUGCAGCAGGGUAUUAAAAAAGAUCCAUCACUGGUAAUUAAAUUACGAGCAACAUUUCUGAAGAUGGCGUCUGCUUUAGAUCUACCAUUAUUACGUGUAAAUCAAGCUGGUAGUAAAGAUUUAAUGUCUGUAUCACAGUAUUAUUCUGGUGAAUUAGUAGCUUAUGUUAGAAAAGUUCUACAGAUUAUUCCCCAAACCAUGUUUAGUUUAUUAGCUAGUAUCAUACGAUCAUUAACUAAUAGGAUACAAGAAGUACCAACACGACUUGAGAAAGAAAAGAUGAAAGAAUAUGCACAGUUAGAAGAUAGAUAUGAGGUAGCUAAAUUAACCCAUUCUAUAUCAGUAUUUACAGAAGGUAUAUUGAUGAUGAAAACAACACUAGUUGGUAUUAUAAAGAUUGAUCCUAAACGUUUAUUAGAAGACGGUAUAAGAAAAGAGUUAGUACAACAGGUAGCUUAUGCUUUACAUAAAGGUCUUAUGUUUAACCCUAAAGCUAAGGUCAGUGAGUUAAUGCCUAAAUUAGGCAUUCUAGGUGAACAAAUGGAUGGAUUUCGUCGAUCGUUUGAGUAUAUACAAGAUUAUGUUAAUAUUUAUGGAUUGAAGAUAUGGCAAGAAGAAAUAUCACGUAUUAUAAACUAUAAUGUAGAACAAGAAUGUAACAGUUUCCUUAGAACAAAGGUACAAGAUUGGCAGAGUGUAUAUCAAUCAACAGCUAUACCAAUACCUAGAUUUACACCUGUAGAUGAAAGUGUUAAUUUUAUUGGUAGAUUAGCUAGAGAAAUACUACGUAUAACUGAUCCUAGAGUUACAACUUAUAUAGACCAGAUGAAGGCUUGGUAUGAUGCUAAAACUAAACAAGAGGUGGCUAAUAGAACACUCUUUCAACAGAUACAUAGAGCUGUGGGAAGUUUUGGAUUAACAGGAUUAGAUAGAUUACUAUGUUUUAUGAUUGUGAAAGAAUUACAGACAUUUAAAAUGUAUUUACAAAGAGGAGUUGCCAGGGAUAAAAUGUGGUUAGAGUUGUUGUCUUAUUAUACCAAGAUUUUACAACCACUGGCUGGUACAGUUAGUCAACCACAGAAAGUUUAUUCACAAGCCAUCUCAAAAACAGCCAAACUGUGGCCUAUGUAUCUGGACAUAAUAAAUAAGGUGGGUCAGAUGCAAUUAUUACGCCGACAGAUAGCUUAUGAACUCAAUACAUCAUGUAAAUUUGAUUCCAAAUUUUUGGCCAGUUCACUUCAAACGCUGAAUAGUGCUCUAUUAGCGGAUAUAGAGAAACAUUAUCAGGAUCCUAGUCAACCAUAUCCUAAAGAAGAAAAUCCAUUGAUGUAUGAAUUAACGGCUUAUCUAGAAUCAGCAGGCUUCCAUAAUCCAUUAUCAAAAAUUUAUAUAACAACAAGUCGAAUGCCUUUCUUCCCACUGUUUAAUUUUCUACUAGUUAUAUCACAAUUACCCAAACUUGUAUAUAACAAAACUAUCAGUGGGUUAAUUAGUAAAAAGUUAACUGAACCAUUAGAUGCUCCACCAUUUAUUAUUGGUUGUUUAACAUUACUAAAACAAUUCCAUUCCGAUAAUACAACAUUAUUCUUAGCAUUCCUGGGACAAUAUGUCAGAUCUUCAGUUGAAGCUAUGAGCAGUGCUAAAUCUCCUGAGAUGUCUCAAGAUGUUUUAAAUGUGUUGAUAUUUUUAGAGGAUUAUAUAUUUUACAAUAGUUUACCAAGAAAGUCAGUGGAGUCUUUCAUACCGUCAUAUAUAUUUGAUGAAUUCCGAACCCAGUAUAGCCAGUGAUGAACUACUAUCUACUACACCUGAUGUACUUCAGAGCUUUCUACUGUUUUAUUUGCAUAUUGUUGACCCUGUUAUUGUUAAAAAUCAUAAGGACUUAUUAAGAUAUGUGAUGUCAUUCGGGUUACCGCAAUGUUCAAUGUUGAGAACAUAUCUAUAAUCAAACUAAAUUUGUUUUUUUAUGACAGAUCAUAUGUUUACAAUUUGAUCACAUAUACUAGAUAUUAUAUAUAUUUUACUCAAUAAAAAGACUAUAGUUUCUUA